AUUCAAACGCAUAAUAAACUUGGAAAUACCCCAAAAAAAAGGAAGUCUAUAUUCAUUGAUUCGUAGUGUUCAACAAUGGCGUUCAAGAAAGAUUUAGCUCAACGCUUGUUCAAUGCCUACCGAUUUGGUCGCCCGUCUCUGUUAGAUUGCCGGAUUUCGACUUCGGCAGUCUCCGUCAAAACUCGGAUACCGCCGAGUCCCGAGAAAAUCGCCCCCGAUCCCGGAGACGAUGGAAUAUUCCGUCGGUUCAUCCACCGCCGGCCGAUGCACCAGCCGACGGGGCUAUCCUCUGACCUCCCGGCGUUUCCAAUCGGAGAUAAGCUGAUUGAGAAUCUCCGCGGGAUGGAUAUUUCCAGAGAUCGGAUUCGACUCGACGGCCUCAUCCCGCCGCCGUUGAAAUCCGAUUCCGCGGCGGAUCCGGCGGCCGGUAGCCUGUCGCUGUCGGAUGUGAGAAAGCUGCUCCGGUUGUCGCAGCUUGAGACGGUGAAAUCGAGGCUUAGGGCAACCGAACAGAACCAGAUUUCGUACCCGGAUUUUUUCCGGAUCUGCGCCCAAGUCUGUUCCAAUAACGACCAAACCCUAGAGCUAGCAAAGAUGCUCGACGAUUCCGGAACCGUAAUCGUUUUGGGAAACGUGGUUUUCCUUAACCCUAAUCAGGUGGUGAAGGCUAUCCAGAGCCUGAUCCCGGCGGGGCCGGCCACCACGGGCCAGGCGGAGGACCCGGGGAUGAAGGAGUUGGAAGAAAUGGAGAAAAAGAAGGCGGCGAUUGACCGGAAGGCGGAGGUGCUGGUUCGGAGGGAGCUGUGGGGAGGGCUGGGGUACUUUGUGGUGCAAACGGCGGCGUUUAUGAGGCUAACAUUCUGGGAGCUUUCGUGGGACGUAAUGGAGCCAAUUUGCUUCUACGUCACGUCGGUGUAUUGCAUGGCUGGCUAUGCCUUCUUCUUGAGGACGUCCCGUGAGCCCUCUUUUGAGGGGUUCUUUCACAGCAGGUUUAGUGCGAAGCAGAAGCGGCUGAUGAAGGCUCAGGGGUUCGAUUUGGCGAGGUAUAAUGAGCUCAAGAAAGCUUCUUCUCCUCCGGCCGCCGAGAAUUUUAACUCGUUUUGUUCUUAGAUGUCAUCAUACAACGUUUUAGGAUCGCAGAAGAAAAAAAAAAGAAGAUAACAAGUAUUAACCAUGAUAACGUGAUUUUUUCUUUCUUUUAAAUCAGAGAAUCAACUUUCUAUGAUUGUAUACUAAAUUAAUCCAACAAGUAAUCCAAGUUUGCUGUCCCCUCAAGACUCAAGACUCAAAUUCAAUUAUGUAUUAGGAUCAGUUUGGCGUAAUUUGGAAAGCCAAAUGUAUAUUAAAAAAAAUUAGAGUAAGGUUCAAAUUAUAUCUACCGAAUUAUAUGAAAAAAAUGUAAUUGGCUCACUUAAUUAAAAAAGUUGCAAUUGAA